GCUGAAACGUCCUGUCUGUCUAGAUUCAGAAUUUAUCUGUAGGUGUUUUGUUUUGUAGGAAGGAAGGUGAACGGAUUAACCAAGAGACGGCCGAUUUUCUAAAUUAAUUGUCUGCGGAACAAUGGCGUACGUAUCCAGUUUAAGCCUCACUGUAAUUGCUUCCAUUUUUAUCGUGUGUGCCCAUGAUCGAAGUCCCGGGCAUAUUAGCUAUUCUAUUGCCGAGGAAAUGGAAGAAGGGUCAGUUGUUGGGAAUAUCGCUGAAGAUUUGGGACUGAAUGUACGGCAGCUAGCUGCUCGCAAAUUUCAUCUCAGUUCUGAUGACGGAGGACGGUACAUGACGGUUGGUUUAGAUAAUGGGCUUUUGUCUAUUCGUGAAAGAAUUAAUCGGGAACGUCUUUGUGGAGAAGCAGAGAUGUGUACUAUACCCUUUGAAAUAAUACUGGAAGAUCCGUUGGAGGUGCAUCGCGGAGAAUUAGUGAUUUUUGAUGUGAAUGACAACUCGCCCGCUUUCCGGGAGAGCAGUAUUCCCUUGCAGAUAUCCGAAGCUGUUUCACCUGGGGUUCGCUUCCGUCUCGAGAGCGCUGAAGACCCUGAUAUUGGAAUAAAUACAGUGGCCGACUACGCAAUCAGUUCGAGUGAGUACUUUAAUCUUGAGACACGGAGAACCGAGGAGGGAAUAAUAAUUGCCGAGCUGGUCUUAGAAAAAUCUUUGGACCGAGAGCUGCAGACAUUCUUUCAGCUGGAGCUUACCGCGACGGACGGUGGGAAUCCCCAGAGAACCGGAACAGCUCAGAUUCUCAUUACUGUACUGGACAACAAUGAUAAUCCGCCGGUAUUCGAGCAUGAUGUAUACAGGAGCAACAUAAAGGAAAACACACCACAAGGUACAUUAGUAAUGAAAGUUAUCGCAAAUGAUUUGGACGACGGGCUAAAUGCUAAGCUGACAUACUCAUUUAGUGAGCUAACUUCACAAAGAGUGCAUGGUGUGUUCAGUUUGGUCCCAGACACUGGGGAGAUUCUCGUUGAAGGGCUGCUAGAUUUUGAAGAAACAAAAGGAUAUUCACUGGACAUUGAAGCUGUUGAUCACGGGUCUCCUGCGAUAACAGGACACUCCAAAGUGCUGAUAAAAAUUAUUGACGUGAACGACAACGCGCCCGAGAUAAAAGUGAAGUCAUCCACAAAUCAUGUUCCAGAAAAUGCUGCACCAGGAACUUUAGUCGCCUUAAUUGAUGUUACCGACCGUGACUCUGACGAGAACGGUCAAGUGCGCUGCGAAAUACAACAGAACGUCCCCUUUAUGCUGCAAACAUCAUCCAAUCAUUAUAAGUUAAUUACAAGUGAAAAGUUGGACCGUGAAACGAUGUCUGAGUAUAAAAUACUUAUUUCAUCCUGGGAUUUGGGGUCACCUUCGCUGUCAACAAAUAAAACCAUCCUUAUUGCAGUUACUGAUGUAAACGAUAACGCCCCACGCUUCGCUGAACUAACUUACAACGUAUAUCUGCCUGAAAAUAAUGCCCUUGGCACGUCUAUCUUCGCAGUAACUGCGUCUGAUCCUGAUCUCGAGCAGAAUUCAUAUGCUUCGUACUCUAUUCUGGACAAUCAUAUCCAAAAUCUGCCAAUUUCUGCAUACCUCAGCAUUAACUCUAUGAACGGCACAAUUUACGCCCUGCGCUCAUUUGACUAUGAGGAGCUAAAAAGCUUUCAGAUCCAUGUUCAAGCCCGGGAUGCUGGGGUACCCCCACGGAGCAGCACCGCUACCGUGAAUAUAAUCAUCCUGGAUCAAAAUGACAAUGCUCCAGUAAUUGUUACACCUUCUGGACACAGUGGGUCAUCAGCCGCAGUGACCAUGCCCCAGUCAGUGAGCCAGGGAUACCUGGUGACGAAGGUAUUGGCUACUGAUGCUGAUUCGGGUCAGAACGCUCUUCUCGUUUACCAAAUAAUGAAAGCUACCGAUCUCAAUUUGUUUACCAUUGGUCAAACCUCUGGAGAAAUCAGAACCGCGCGGAAUAUCUUGGAGUCGGAUUCCACAACACAAAGCUUGGUUAUUCUGGUAAAAGACAACGGGCAGCCAAACCUAUACAGCACGUUAGCGAUUCAUGUCACAAUUUUACAGAAUAGCACUGAUACUGUCACCGAACGUGGUAAUUUAGUAGGGAGUCCUGAAUAUUCCUCUGAUUUAAACCUUUAUUUGUUGGUUAUUUUCAGUUGCACUUCCAUAGUCUUUCUUCUGAUUAUCAUACUGUUGAUUGGCGUCAAAUGUAAACAGGAGAGAAAUAUCAGCCAGGAGUAUACCUCUUGCAGUUAUAGUUAUAAACGUGGAGAUAUGCACGGCAUGAUUAAUCGAAGAACAAAGAUGGAGAACACUUUACAAUAUCCUGGUACUGACCAGCUAGUUCGCAUGCCAGUUUUGCCGCAGUACUCGGUCUGCCUGUCUCCUGAAUCAGCAAAGAGUGAUUUCCUUUUUUUGAAGCCAUGUGUACCUCCCACCUCUCAGGCUCAAUACAUGCUGAAAACCUUAUGUAAAACCGGAAGUUCCUUCAACAGUUGGUACAUCAAUAGCAUUACGUUCUCGAACUUCCAGUCUGAACUUCUGAAAAGUAACAAUGGAAAUGGAUUGCAUGUGGCCUAUCAGCGGUUUCAACAGAGCUUUAUCAAAAGGGAUUUCUUGCAGGUCGGCGGCAGUUAUUUAAAAAGGGAGCUUCGAGCACGUUUGUCCACUGAAUGUUCCAAUGAGACAGGGUUGCGUACAGGAAACGUGGUGCACCAGGCUGUUGAAAAUCUAGUCAAGAAGAAAAGCAAAGCUGACGAAAAGUUAAAAAUAGAAAAACUAGCCAAUGGUGCAGAUCUCGUUAAUUGUAAGUCUAGCAGGAAGGAGGUUAAGAAUGAGAUUAGGGAAGCCAGAAUGGGCUAUGAGAACGUCUUGGCGAACAAGAUUAAGGAAAACCGUAAGGCAUUCUACAAGAAUAUUCAGCGUACUCGAUUUAUUUAUAGUUACUGGGAAAACAGCAUUACUACUAACCGAGCAGAAGCUGUGAUGUUGAAAUUAAUUGAAUGCGGCACAAUGGCGAACUCACCGAGGAUUACUUUCGUAGCGACUGUUGGCAUGUUUCUCCUGUGUGUAGUGGGUAUAAUUACCGGGAAAAUUCGUUAUUCUAUUCCCGAGGAAAUGGAGCAGGGGACAUUUGUUGGGAAUAUCGCUCAGGAUUUGGGAAUGAAUGUACUGCAAUUAUCAGAUCGGAAAUUUCGUCUGAGUUUUGUUGAUGGAGGACGAUAUAUGAAGGUUAGUUUAGAUGAUGGUUUUUUAUCGGUUCGUGAACGAAUGGACCGGGAACUUAUUUGUGAGCAAGCAGAAAUGUGCACAAUAUCAUUCGAAAUGACACUCGAAAAUCCUUUUGAGGUGCAUCACGGAGAGGUUGAGAUUCUUGACGUGAAUGAUAACUCACCUUUCUUCCGAGACGGCAGCAUUGUAGUGCAGAUAUCUGAAGCGAUUCCACCGGGGGUACGUUUUCGACUCAAGAGCGCGGAGGAUCCCGAUAUUGGAACGAAUGCUAUUGCAUCUUACGCGAUAAGUUCCAGUGAGUACUUCAGUCUGAAAACACAGAGAACCGAGGAGGGUUUCGUAAUUGCCGAACUGCUGUUAGAAAAAUCUUUGGACAGAGAGCUGCAGUCAUCCUUUCAACUUAUGCUUACGGCUACGGAUGCUGGGCACCCUCAGAGAUCCGGCUCAACUCAGAUUCUCAUUACCGUACUGGACUUCAAUGAUAAUCCACCUUUAUUCGAGCAUGUUGUUUACAAAUGCAGCAUUAGUGAAAACGCACCACAAGGUGCCGUAGUGAUUAAAGUCAAAGCACACGAUUUGGACGAAGGGUCGAAUGCAGUGCUAACAUACUCUUUCGGUGAUCUUACUACCUUGGGUACAAAUCGUGAUUUGUUCAGCAUGGACCCAAAUACUGGAGAAAUCAAAGUCGAAGGGCCGCUCGAUUUUGAAGAAACAAGAAGUUAUUCACUCGAUAUUCUAGCUAUUGAUCACGGGUCACCUGCUAUUACUGGACACUCCAAAGUACUGAUCAAAGUCAUUGACGUCAACGACAACGCACCAGAAAUAAAAAUGACGACAGCCAGCAAACAAAUCUCGGAAAAUGCUCCUUCGGGAACUUUAAUCACCUUGAUUAAUGUUAACGAUCGUGAUUCUGGAGAGAACGGCCAAGUGCGCUGCGAAAUAUCACGUAUGGUCCCCUUUAUGCUGCAAAGAUAUUCCAACCAUUAUAAAUUAAUUACAAGUGAAACGAUGGACCGUGAAUCGGUGUCUGAGUAUACAAUUCUUGUUUCCGCUUGGGAUUUGGGGUCACCUUCGCUCUCAACAAACAAUACCAUCCAUAUUGUAAUUACUGAUGUAAACGAUAACCCUCCAAGCUUUGCUAAACUCCCUUAUAAAGUAUAUGUGACUGAAAAUAACUUUCCUGGCUCUUCUGUCUUCGCAGUAACGGCGUCAGAUCCUGAUUUGGAGCAGAAUUCCUAUGUUUCUUAUUCCAUUCUGGACAAUUACAUUCAAAAUUUGCCUGUGUCCACGUACCUGAGCAUUAACUCAAUGAACGGCACUAUUUACUCUCUGCGCUCUUUUGACUAUGAGGAACUGAAAAGUUUUCAGAUCCAUGUUCAAGCCCGUGACGCUGGAGUGCCACCGUUGAGCAGCAGCGCUACUGUGAAUGUCAUCAUCCUGGAUCAAAAUGACAACGCGCCAGUGAUUGUUUCACCGUCAGAGCAUGGUGGAUCAUCAGCCGCGGAAUUCGUGCCUAAUUCAGCAGGUCAGGGGUACUUGGUCACCAAGAUAAUCGACACUGAUGCAGAUUCGGGUCAGAACGCGCGGCUCCUCUACCAAAUGGUGAAAGCUACUGAUCCAAGUUUGUUUACCAUGGGUCAAAUGUCUGGUGAAAUAAGAACAGCGCGCAAAAUCAUGGAGCUGGAUGCCAUUACACAAACUGUGAUCAUCUUAGUGAAAGACAAUGGGCAGCCAAACCUAUCCAGCACAAUUACUCUUCACGUCACAAUCUUACAGAAUACCACUGAGUUUCUCACAGUAAGCAGUAAUUUAGUGAAGAAUCCCGAAUAUUUGUCUGAACUAAAUCUUUAUUUAUUGGUUACUUUCAGUUGCACUUCCAUUGUAUUUCUUCUAAUUAUCAUUGUGUUGAUCGGUAUCAAGUGUAAACAGGACAGAAAUAUGACCCAAGAGUAUAGUUCCCCCAGUUAUUAUUACAAACGUGGAGAAAUGCAGGACACGUUUAAUCGAAGAUCUGCAAUGGAGGAAACUUUACGUUAUCCUGGCAGUGACCAAGUAGUCCACAUGCCAGGACUGUCUCAGUAUUCGGUUUCUCUGUCUCCAGAAUCAGCAAAAAGCGAUUUUCUUUUCUUGAAGCCAUGCGGCCCUCCCACCUCUCAGGCUCAAUCCUAAAUUGCACCUUUUGAUUACUUCAACGUGCACCCAUAGUAUGUGUGCUUCUUUUUGUUUAUAGUUUGGAUUGUGGUUUACUGUGUAAUGUUUGCCAUUGUUUUGUCUUUCGAUUGAUGAGAAGUAAAUUUGUUGUAAUGGCCAAUGAUGAAAAAAUACAUCAACGGAAAUAUGACCACCU